AUCCUGUUUUGAAUCUGCAGGUCUGAUCCUGAGGGGAUUUCAGACAACAGGGUGAAAUCAUCAGUUUUGAAAGUGACUGAACAUGGCCAAUGAGGAAAUAAUCCUGAGGGUGCAGUCACCAGAUGGAACUCAACGAAUCACUAUUUCCCCUAGUGCUACUACUAAGGAGCUAUAUGAGAAGGUGCAUGCCAGCUUCAACAUGCCUUCAUUCAUGUUUUCACUCUACAAAAAUAAGAAGAGGACUGGAGAAAUCUACUCUUCAAAUAGUCAGAAGAUCCACAGUUGUAACUUAAAGCAUGGUGACAUGAUCUUUGUGAAUCCAGUGAAUGGGAAAAAGAAGGAUCUGUCAUCAAGCCAUCGCCGAUCACCAUCUACAGUGAAUGUGGUUGAGGAUGAGGUUGAUCGCCUGCUGUGGGAACAAGAUGGUAAAAUUCAGAGGGACCGGGAUCCAACAUACUGCCGGCAUAGCACCCAUGCCCAGUGUGUCCACUGCAGUCCUAUAGAUCCUUGGGAUGAGAAUUAUCUGCAUGACUUGAAGAUCAAGCAUCUGUCUUUCCAUGCAUUCCUUAAGAAGAGAUCUAGUGGCACCAAAGGAACAUCUGUGCGGCUGGAGGAUUUGAAUUGUGCCGUGAAGCCUGGAUGCAAGGAUCACCUACCAUACCCAAAAGGACUCUGCUCAAAGUGCAUGCCAUCCACCAUCACACUUUCCAGACAAGCAUAUAGGCAUGUGGACAAUGUGAGUUUUGAGAACCCAUUUUUGGUGGAGCGGUUUCUCAAUUACUGGCGCUUGACAGGACAUCAACGUGUGGGCUUCCUCUAUGGACGAUAUGAAAUCUUCAAGGAUGUUCCUCUCGGGAUCAAGGCCACAGUGGCUGCUAUCUAUGAACCCCCUCAGGAAAGUACCAGAGACACAAUCCAGAUGCUGCCAGAUCCAAAAGAAGAGCUGGUGAAAGAGAUAGGGAAGCAGCUGGGACUUCAAUGUGUUGGCUGGAUCUUCACAGACCUGGUGGCUGAAGACAAGACCAAGGGAACAGUGAAAUAUAUCCGAAACAUACAUGAUCAUUUCCUCUCUGCACAGGAAUGCAUCACUGCAGCUCAUCUUCAGAACCACAACCCCAAUCCCUGUAGGGAUUCCCUCACAGGAUUUUAUGGCUCCAAAUUUGUCACCAUUUGUGUUACAGGGGAUUCAAGCAACCAGGUGCACAUGGAGGGAUACCAGGUGUCGAACCAAUGCAUGGCAUUGGUGCGUGAUGACUGUCUUGUUCCCACCAAGGAUGCUCCAGAACUGGCCUACAUCCGAGAGUCCUCCAACCAUCAAUAUGUCCCUGAUGUCUAUUAUCGUGAGAAGGAUUCAUAUGGGAACGAGGUGACAAAACCAGCACGUCCACUGCCAAUUGAAUAUGUGCUGCUGGAUGUCCCAUGCUCCACUCCUCUAGAACCCCAGUUCACCUUCCCUAUCAAUCCAUCCAUCACACCUUUUCCUGUGGAAAAUAGGUUGCUGGAUGGAUACAUUCAAGACUUCUCAGCUUUUGCCCACUUUAUGUCCCAGUUUCCAAAGGAAAAGUUUGUGGAUGCCCUAGUAGAUUUUCAUGUCCUCAUCUUCAUUGCCACCAUGGACACUCUUCCUAUGAAGGACCACAUGGCACUUCUUUUGGAGGGGAUUCGUAAGGGAGACAUAGGGCAGGUACAGGAGUGGGCCCAGAGUGACCAGUGGCAAACAGUGAUACAGCUGAUUCAGGCAUCAGGGGGAUCACCACCCCCUUUGGGGGUAGGGGGGCAAGUGGAAUCCGGUCAGGGUCCUGGAGGCUCCUUGAGGUCCCCUGGCCCAGGGUUGUCAUCUGAUUCUCCAGGUGCCCAGAGCAGUGGACCACUGUGGACGUGCACACACUGUACGUUCCUCAAUCAACCUCAUCUAGAUCACUGUGAUGUCUGUGGCCUACCUAAGGGCUAAAAUCUCCCUCAGGUAACCUAUGUUUCACUUGAAAAUGUCUCUUUUGAAAUUUUGUAUAUUGACUGUCAGUAUCUGUAGGUGCAGGUACGUAUCAAGAGUUCACAAGUGAGCAACAUACCCAUGGAAGCCAGUUUGUAAAAUUCCCAUCUCCAUGCUGCUAUACUCAGAUGCACUUUUUUCCUCCAAGAUAGGCAUUUUGAAUUUUUUUGGUCCCCACUGCAGGUAAUUGCAUGAGUUUGCUCAUGAUGGCCUUGAGUUUGUGAGGAUUAAAAUGAAUUUGAGGCACACA